AUGGUUCGAGCAAUCUUCAAUGAGAUGGUCAUUACCGCUGCUGGAGACUUUCCUAGUGGUUGCUCCAGAGAGCAGAUGGUCCAGUGGGUUAAGAUGCGCAAAGGCAAAUUCUCACGUCAUUUGGACGAGAAGACGACCCAUCUGCUAUUCACCGAUGAGGAGUUCAAGUCCAAGAACAAGCCCCACCGAAUCAAAGAAGCAGAGAGAAGAAGCAAGACGAAGGGCGCGAAGAAAAUUCACAUUGUGAGCUGGAGUUGGUUCACCAAUUCUUGCCGCGACAACGUGAAAUUCGCAAUGAGGGAAUACAAAUACGAUGCCAUGAAGAUCAAAGAGAAGAAGGAUGCCAAAGCGGAGAUCGAAAGGGCCCGGGCUGCAGCGUCUGCUUACAGGUGGAUUCGUCCUGAAAUGUACAGUGUCGCCAAAGACCUGACCUCCUUCGAGUACAAGGUUGAUCUCUUCCGAUCGUCUGAGAAUGAGGAUGGAACUCUGCACGAGAAGUACGAACUCUACUUCUUCCGGUCUCAUUCCUCUAGGCCGCACUUGUACUGGUUUGGCGCAAAGCUUUUCCAUAAGAAGGACAACGGCAAGUGGAUUGAGCGCGGCAUUGAGCGCCCGAGUCCCUGUUGCUCAUCCUUCCGGAACGAGUACGACAGAUUCAGAAAGUUCUUCGAGCUGAAGACCAAGAUUCGCUGGGCAGACAGGGUCGCCAGAGCUGGAACCCAAGAGAAAACUGCGUUCAGUUACUCCCCUCCGACUGGUGGAAGACCCGUGGGUUGCAGAAUGGUCGGUGCACUUUACAACAAGGCGCUCAGAAGCAACAAGAAGAUGCUUCGACGCUAUGCUGAGCUCUUUGGAGACGAGUUGCCGUCCGACAUCCAGAUCGAAGACGCGUGCAAUGUCGUCUUGAAGGACAUCAUCGACGAGGUUUGCGCAACCCCUGAGAUUGAUGCCAAAGACGAGAAUGGAGUCAACGAGAUGAUCAUGGCCAAGAUGACCCUGGGCCCUGGCAAGAAUGAAACUAUCGACUCUGAUAUGGAGGGACACGCUGAGACCGAUAUUCUUUCCGAUCCUGGCGACAUGGCUCAGUCUUCUUCUGAGAUUGAAGAUAUCGUCAUGGAGAGUCACGAUGAGGGCCUUUAG